AAAUUCAAAACCAUCUCACUCUCUUGUUCAACCACCCGGAAACGGACCUACGAUCUACCAACUACCAAGUACAGUUCGACGUAUAGCUAACCAUUACCAGGAUGCCACGUGAUGCUUUUGGAUUUUUUCUUCACCACGCGCACAUUCGUGACCUCCAUCCACUGUAAACGUCCAAAAAUAGUGGCAGACGCCAGGUGGUGGCGGAGUUUUCAAAUCUCAGGCGGAGUUUUCGAAGCCAAACACCAUCCAAUCUGGCCCCCUCAUAUAACCGUAUAUUCGGAACCCAUAUAGAACGUCGGAUCAUUAUCGAACGGGUCGAAUACACCGUCGUAUAUAGUAAUCCCCAAACCCCGCUCACUACCAUUUCCAACUCGAAAGUCAAAUCUUACACGCCAUCAAAAAGAUGGCGUCUUGCGCCCUCACCUCCUCCCUAAACCACCGCUUCCGGCCACUCUCCGCCGGCAGACCCCGCCUUCAUACUCCGAAAUCUGUCCCCUUUGUUAAAUCUGUCGUUAAAAAUAGCAGUAAUGACUCUUCGAAACCGCUUAACAACCCACAAAGAAGAGAUCACAUCCAACCCAUCACUAAAAAACCCUCAUUUUUACUUCCUUUACCGAAAAGGGAGUCGAUCAUAACCGCCUCUACCUCCGCGGCUUCCGCACCGGCGCCACCUCACCAGCCGUGGCAGGGGGCUGCUAUACAGCCGCUUUUAGCGUCUAUAGCCACAGGAGUUAUUCUGUGGCUUAUUCCCGCACCUUCUGGGGUUUCACGCAAUGCGUGGCAAUUGUUGUCAAUUUUCUUGGCGACCAUAGUGGGGAUAAUAACUCAGCCGUUGCCUUUGGGAGCCGUAGCAUUGAUGGGUCUCGGCGCUUGUGUUUUGACGAAAACACUUACAUUUGCCGCUGCCUUCUCAGCAUUCGGUGAUCCCAUUCCAUGGUUAAUUGCCUUGGCCUUCUUUUUUGCUCGUGGUUUUAUUAAGACCGGAUUGGGGAACAGAAUUGCGUAUCAAUUCGUUUCUUUGUUUGGGUCAUCGUCUUUAGGACUAGGCUACAGCUUAGUUUUCAGUGAAGCCCUAUUGGCUCCGGCUAUUCCCUCAGUAUCUGCAAGGGCUGGUGGCAUUUUCUUGCCAUUAGUGAAGUCAUUGUGUGUCGCUUGUGGCAGUAAUGCAGGUGAUGGGACUGAGAAUAAAUUGGGGUCGUGGCUAAUGUUGACCUGUUUCCAAACCUCAGUGAUUUCAUCAUCUAUGUUUCUAACAGCCAUGGCUGCGAAUCCGUUGGCUGCAAACUUGACUUUAAACACGAUAAAUCAGACUAUAGGAUGGAUGGAUUGGGCUAAGGCUGCAAUUGUGCCAGGAUUGGUGUCAUUGAUUGUGGUUCCAUUGCUGUUAUAUGUGAUCUAUCCACCCCAAGUGAAGAGUAGCCCUGAUGCGCCUAAGCUUGCUAGGGAGAAACUGGAGAAGAUGGGACCUAUGUCGAAGAAUGAGAUCAUAAUGGCCGGAACCCUGCUUCUCACGGUGGGGCUUUGGAUUUUCGGUGGAGUCCUGAAUGUGGAUGCUGUUACUGCUGCAAUUCUCGGAUUGUCUGUCCUCCUUAUCACUGGGGUUGUGACUUGGAAGGAGUGCUUGGCUGAGGCAGUUGCUUGGGACACCCUUACAUGGUUUGCGGCGCUGAUUGCGAUGGCUGGAUAUCUAAACAAAUAUGGUCUCAUCUCCUGGUUUAGCCAAACUGUCGUUAAGUUUGUCGGCGGAUUGGGUCUUUCAUGGCAGCUAUCUUUCGGCAUUCUUGUUCUUCUUUACUUCUAUUCUCACUAUUUUUUUGCUAGUGGGGCUGCUCACAUCGGUGCCAUGUUUACAGCAUUCUUGUCAGUAGCUAGUGCUCUUGGUACUCCACCAUACCUCGGAGCCAUUGUUCUCUCCUUCCUUUCUAAUCUUAUGGGUGGCAUCACCCAUUAUGGUAUUGGAUCAGCACCCGUGUUCUAUGGUGCUGGCUAUGUGCCGCUAGCGAAAUGGUGGGGCUACGGAUUCCUGAUCUCCAUUGUCAAUCUUAUAAUCUGGCUCGGAGUUGGAGGGGUCUGGUGGAAGUUUAUUGGGUUGUGGUAGACACACUGAUUAAGCCGGUUGGCUAAUCCAUUUUUUCGGGAAUCAUUCUAUCUUUGUCCAUUUGGUAAGAUUUUUGCGAGAAGUGAUAAUGUUAAUAAUAUCAUCAGUAGCGUUAUAUUGAUACAAGUUCUUUAGUACAUUCGAAUUGAUUUGAAAAAUCCAUCCAUAUAAUAAUAGAGAUUUUAUGUUUGGAAAAUCUCAUUAAUCAUAAUAUAAAAUCUAUUUGACAUUAGUGUUAUAAUUUUGUAAUGUUGCAUUCGAGGUAGUUGAAUUAGUAUGAACUUA